AUGGAACAUGACGAAUCAAUAGUAAAGGAAAACGAUAAGAUUAUUACAAAAAGUGAAAUGAACUUUGAUAACACGAUGGAAAGAAUAAAUACCGGAAACGAAUUGUUCCAAGUUGAGGAUUAUCACAACUCAUCCGACGCAUUAAGUUUAGGUAAUAAACCAUCUGUGAGUAACAAUUUUGACAAUACAACAUAUGAAGGCGAAGGAUCGAACAAUAAGGAUUCGCCACUUAAAAGGAACAAGAACAAGUUGAUUAUAUUUAUAACGACAAUUGUUUUAUUAGUGAUAUUAACAGUGGUUUUAAUAGUUGUAUUUGCUCCUUCGUCAGGUACUCCAGAAACAAUUAAGGAUGACGGUAAGACGGACGCACAUGAUACCUUCCUAGCUAUAGGUCCUGAGUUCAAUGUCGCCGAAAUAACUAAAAGAAUUGCCAAAGAGAUUGAAGAUGAAGGACUUACAGGCACACAAAAAGACCCUAAAACUCCCAAAGAAAGUGGAGGUGAUGGCACUACUAAACCUUCGGGUGAUACUACCAAAGACCCUAAAACACUUCCAACUGGAGACACUAAAAAGCCUGAACCCAAAGACUCUAAAACACCUAAAGAUACUGGCGAUAAAAAACCUGAACUUACAGGAGGUGAAAAACUUCCAACUGGAGACCCUAAAACACCUGGAGAAAAAACUCCCAAGGUCGGACCCACUGACACUAAAACACCCCCUGGAAUUACUGAUCCAUCUCCCACGGAUAAACCUAUUGAUGAUAAAUCAGCCCCUCAAGGUGGUGCAGGAGUAGAUACAACAAAAGAUCCAGAGAUUAAAAAAGAUGAAAAAAAAGAGGAAGCUGUUAGCACAUUAGUUAGGAAACACAAGUAUGUAUUGAAAAAGGACCCAGCUGAGUACGAUCUUAAAUUGGAUAAAGCGCUGAAUCCUGAGAACCCAGAUAAUUCUAACGAUAAAAACCCUAAAAAUCAAAUAAAACCAGAGGAUAUCUACGAUACAAAGAGGGAUGUAUUUAUUUACACGAAAACCUAUGGGAACAAUUUUGUUCAGACAAAACCAUUCGAAUUUAACUACGUACAAAUGACGUUUGGAGGUAAGAAUCUGUCAGUAUCAAAAGUUAGCCCAAGUCCCAACUGCGCAUUUUAUCAUGGAGCCAGUAAAACUGACCAAAUUAUCAAAGUAGUUUAUUACGACGGUUCAGUACUAGUAGAAAAAGCUGACAAGUUGGAGUAUUUAACCAUUUGGGAAGAAAACUUUGACAAAAUGAGAUUGGUAACCAUUGUUGCCACUCCUAAUGCAGCUGGAGGAAUCAAUAAGGAAAACAGAGAGAGAGCCUACAUACAGUACAAAAUCCUAGGGGAGGUAACCGCGUUAAAAGAUCCUGUCAUAACUCAGGAUUACAUGAACACUACGAUUCAAGUUUUAAACUCAAUUUUUAAAUAA